AUGUCAGCAUUCAACGACUACUGCAUUGUUUGUGAACAAAUGAUCAACAAGGAUCAUGGCGAGCAGGACCUUGUGUACUGUUCCGAAGAAUGUCGUUCCCGGGACACUAAUGUGUCACUGGCUGGGUCUGCUAAAGAACGGCUAUGGCCGGAUACGUCGUUGUUCGCUGUGACUCCAGAUACCGUUGCUUCACAAUAUUCUUUUGGUCAGCGCGCCUAUUCUGACUGGGAAGGGCGAGAAAGCUACUUAUCGGAUAUGGAAAUGGCUACGCUCGCAACUAAUACUGGACUUGUUUCUACAGAUACCACUCGAUGGACGCCGAGAGCAUUUACGGAUGAUUGCAUGGUUGGGAGGUUUGGUGACGGACGGGGAACGUGUAAAGAUCCCGCUGUUAGUAAUUAUCAGUUAUGGCUUAGCUGCAGAAUGAGGCAGUAA